AUGGAAGGAUGUGACUGCAUUGAGCCGCAAUGGCAUCCUGAGGAACUUUUGAUCAAAUAUCAGUAUAUAUCGGAUUUCUUCAUUGCUCUUGCAUAUUUCUCCAUUCCCCUUGAGCUUAUUUACUUCGUGAAGAAGUCUUCAUUUUUCCCAUAUAGAUGGGUUCUGAUGCAGUUUGGCGCAUUUAUUGUCUUAUGUGGAGCUACCCAUCUGAUAAGCCUGUGGACUUUUGUUCCGCACUCAAAAACGGUUGCCCUUGUGAUGGCCAUGGCAAAAAUGUCAACCGCUGUGGUUUCUUGUGCAACUGCCUUGACGCUUGUUCAUAUUAUCCCAGAUUUAUUGAGUGUUAAAACAAGGGAGCUCUUUUUGAAGAAUAAGGCUGAAGCACUUGAUCGGGAGAUGGGUCAUAUACGUACCCAAGAGGCAUUAGGAAGGCAUGUGAGAAUGCUGACACAUGAAAUCAGAAGUUCUCUUGACAGGCAUACUAUAUUGAAGACGACUCUUGUUGAACUUGGCAAGACUUUAAACCUGGAGGAGUGUGGAAUUUGGAUGCCAUCGCGUACUGGUUCCAACCUUCAACUUUCCCACACUCUACGACAUCCAAUACCUGUUGGAUGUGUCGUGCCUAUUAACCUUCCCGUAGUCAACCAAGUUUUUAGCAGCAAUCAUGCAAUGAUAAUCCCACAUUCGAGCCCACUGGCUAGGAUUCGCCCUGUCUCAGGAAGAUAUGUGCCACCAGAAGUUGUAGCAGUAAGAGUGCCACUGUUACAUGUGUCAAAUUUUCAGAUAAAUGAGUGGCCUGAGGUUUCUGUGAAGAGUGAUGCAGUAAUGGUUUUGAUGCUUCCACCAGACAGUGCAAGAAAGUGGCAUGUUCAUGAGCUGGAGCUUGUUGAAGUUGUUGCAGAUCAGGUCUUGUCAACUCCUGAUUUCCUUUUUUUUUUUCCUUCUUUUCUAUUUUCUUAUAAUGUAGUGACAGUAAUAUAUGCCAAAAGGUUAACCAUUUGAAUAUUCUCCUCUCCCUUUUUGAUUCAUUUAGUAGUUUACCCCAUCUUGCUGGACGUAGCAAUCUGCUCUUCCUUUAUUUCAUCAAGUUUCUUUUUCUGUUAUAGUUUUGGCCCAUUUCAGGGAACUUAUAUGCAUUGGCUAUCAUAAUCAUUGAAUUUUAAGCGUAUUCAUUAUUUUCCGUGCUAUUGGUGAAAGCCCAUAAUGCUGGGUGGCGAUUUCAUAUUAAAGUCUAAACUAGCAAAUUAGUGAUGCUUGACUUAUUAUUCCAUCCUCUUUCUAGCGCAAGAAAAUAUUAGCUGUUUAGUCGAAUGAUUCUUGCCUUUUCUUUGUGCUGUUCUCUGGAGCAGUGAUAGCAAACAUUCAUUAGAACACCGCAUAAUAGAGCCUAGUAAAUCUUUUAAAAUUCUCGCCUAGUUGCGUGAAAGCAAUUUGAUUAGUGCACUAGAACAUUGAGCAUUGAAUCUUUUCUAACGUAUACAACUUUGAUGAACGUAAAGCUAUUUCUAAUUUAGCAGAGUAAGGUGUGCCAUCUAAGCCUGUUUCCAUUAGGGAGGCUAGAGGGAUGGUAUGAGAUGGCGUACUCCGUGGAAGGAACAUACUUCUCUGGUGGAAAACCUCGAGAGAGGUGGUGGAAGUUUUACAUUCCAUUGUUAAUGUUGUUUGAUACUAGAGACUUGUAGGAGUGCUAGGAAGACUCUUGGGCUUUAGAACCUCGCUUUUCCCUGGAUACCGUUUGUUAAAAGAAGAAAGAGGAGAGAGAGAGAGAGAGAGAGAGAGAGAGACCUAUACCAGACAUUCUGGAAUGCAUGGGGAGAGUCUCAUCCCUUCGACUUGUACUGCACUGUCAGUGUCGAAGCCAUAGCUAACAAUUAAUAGCAGUUCCAUUGCACAUGUGUUUCACUCAGUCAAGCCCGCCUGAGUGUAUUGAUGUGGAUACAGGGAUGUGGAUUCCUAUAUAAGUCUUAAAAUGUAGAUAGAUGGAUCCCCGUUCCUUGUCUCCAUCCCCACCACCUUAAGGUUACCAAAUAGAGUUACGGCAUAGCUCAGACCUGUUACUGUGUCAUUCCUAUGCCAAAGACUGGCUAAAGUUACUCGUUGAUGGCACUCUUUAAGUUACAACGUUCACCUCAACUUCUUGCUUAUUUUGGUCAAGUUCCUUUUUUUUUGUUUUGUUUUGCAGGACGAUAACAGCUUGAGAAUGGAUGCAUCUUGGCAUGAUGCUUAGCAUCAUAAUGAAAGUAAUUUCUUGUUGUUGUUAUCUUGGAAAAGACAUUGCCCUAGAUAUGUUUGUGUAUCGCAAUAAAGAACAAAUAGAUUCCCUUUUAAUGUGUCUGAGUGAAUCAUCUAGGCGUCAGUGUACAUCAAAUCUAAAAACCGUGUAGACGAGUUUCUUGCUGUAAAUGCUCUAAUUCAAUCAUCUGAAACCAGGAUUCAAAUGAUAUUAUUUUUCCUUUAAUGGGUUGUGGGCAAAUUUUGGGCCCUCUGCUCAACAGACGGCUGAAUUGAAUAUUCAUAUGAUUGAUUAUGCUAUUCAGGUUGCAGUUGCGCUUUCACACGCUGCCAUUUUGGAAGAAUCUAUGCGAGCGCGUGAUCUUCUCAUGGAGCAGAAUGUUGCCCUUGAUUUAGCUCGGCAGGAUGCAGAAAUGGCCAUCCGGGCUCGCAAUGAUUUCCUCGAUGUGAUGAACCAUGAGAUGAGAACACCAGUGCAUGCAAUAGUGGGUCUGUCUUCCCUGCUUCUGGAGACCGAACUGACCCCAGAGCAGCGUGUGAUGGUAGAAACUGUCUUAAGGAGCAGCAACCUCUUGGCUACACUCAUCGACGACGUGCUAGACCUUUCCAGGCUUGAGGAUGGGAGCCUUGGGUUAGAGAAUACCCCUUUCAAUCUUCAUUCAGUGUUCGAAGAGGCAAGUUUCUGGUGCUGAUUCACUUCCUAAUAGAAGUAAUAAGUUCUCAUCGUCCGAUUUUUUUUUGUCUACAGGUAAUCAAUUUAAUCAAACCCAUUGGGGCCAUGAAGAACCUGUCGGUGUCAUUGAACUUAGCAUCAGACUUGCCACCUUGUGCUGUUGGCGACGAGAAGAAGCUUAUGCAGAUCAUCUUGAAUAUGGCGGGCAACGCAGUGAAGUUCACCAAGGAGGGUUCUGUCUCAGUGACAGCAUCUGUUGCCGAGGCUGAUUCAGUCAGGGAAGCUUGUGGUUCUGAUUUCUUCCCCGUUUCUACCAUGGGACACUUUUAUUUGCAUGUGCAGGUUUGUCCAGGUUACCCUCUUUCAUAGAUCUUCGUUGACUUUUGUAUAUAUUCAAUUAUUGUUUCCUGAAGAUCAGGAGGAGGUUUCCCAGGGAUUUCAGGCUGACCCUUCAGUGGGUGCAGGUCAAAGAUACUGGCUGUGGGAUCGUUCCUCAAGAUAUCCCCCAUACUUUCACUACUUUCUCUCAACCCCAACCGGGAGCAAAGAAGAACUAUGAUGGCAGGGGGCUCGGACUCGCUAUCUGCAAAAGGUAUUGCUUAGCAAUAUAACUUUCUGCAUUGGGAAUUCAAAAAUAUAAUAUUUUUAAUAUUUUCUCAGAAAAAAACAUUUUUUAUUUUUUAUUUUUUAUUUGGUGGGUCUUCCCUAAAUCCCCUUUCUCUGACUUGUGCUUAAUUUCUCGGUCAGCGCCGUAUGGAAAACUGGUUUGCUAUUCCUUUUCACAUACCUUGGCAUCUUCUCUUGAUUGAACCCUUCCACGGCCACCUGUUUGAAAUCGGGUACUCCUAGAUCACAUGUUUGACUAAAAACCAGGAGGAGCUAAAGUCAGACUGUUCACUGGAUCUUCAGAUUUUGUGGCGGUCUUGGGCCAUCCAGCACCUUACCAAUUGGACACAAGUGGACUAGGUUUACCCAUGUAUCCCCAUGACUUUGACUUUUUUUCUUCCGAAAUAAGACUCUUUUAGAUUUCCUGGAAGCCUAUUCUUAGAUUGAAAACCAAGAGAACUUAUUCAUCAUUUCCAAAAUGGGACCUACUUUAAUCGGUUUGAAGGAUGAACGGAAUGUGCAUGAGAUCAAUCACAGAGCAUCGGCUGACUCUUCCCCCGUGUCUCAGAUUUGUGGGUCUCAUGGAAGGACGCAUCUGGCUCGAGAGCGAAGGCCUGGGGAAGGGCUGCACUGCUGCAUUCGUCGUGAAGCUGGGAUCUGCGGCGACCCAGAUGCCAGUUUUGGACUGA